AUGUGUUGGACAGACGGUCAAGAUUUAGUUGACUCAAAGAAUCUCUGUGCAACUCCGGACGAGGAGUGUGGAACAUUUAAACCCUGUUGCGGAAGGCAUUUGAUUUGCAAACGUCUUGGCUCUGCAGGACAGUGUGUGCGUUGUGCACGAGAUCAUGAACAUUGUAACCGAUCCAGCGAAUGUUGUCUUGGCGUCUGUAUGAACCACACUUGUCGACAUAUAAUGCGUGAUAAUUAGCCAACUUUAUUUUAUUGACUGCAUGGGUGAUCUUUUCCUCUGCGGAAGUAUACAAGUAUACCGAGCUGAGAUGAGUCGUCCUUUGAUCGGAAUCAUUCGUGUGUUCGAGAAAAUAACACAUCACUUCCAAAACCAUCCGUAUUCUUCUGGUCUCGUACUGACGAAAUCUAACAAACUAGGCACCCCGGUAAGUGUGGUAAAGACCCCCUAAAGUGAGCACGUUCCCUGAAGUCACCGUCUGUGCACAGCCCGG